AUGCGAAAGGACAAAGAUAUUGCUAUGCUUUGUGCACUUUGCCCAGAAAAGCGGCGCGAGCUAUUGCAGCAGCUUCUGAUUUUGUCGGACGACAAAGCACUUGAUGAAGUCUCAAACUGGAUCACUGAACUAAAAACCCAUCGAUUGAGACAAGCUGAAAAUCGCGAUGAUCCGUUCUCUUUACUGCCGUGUUCUCUGGUACAAACAAUUCUCUCUUAUCUAGAUCCAGCUUCUUUAUAUAAAUGUUUACGUGUGUCCCGAACAUGGAAUGGAAUGGCUUCAAAUACUAGUCUGUGGAAAGCUCUAUGCACUCAUCCAAAACUCUAUCGUUUGACUAAUCAGGAAGCUGAAGAAAAACAACUUGAAAGACAUACAAUUGGAGAAGGGGUUUGCUGGAAAGAUGCUUUUUCUGAACGCUUCAAAUUAUGGAGAAACUGGAAUGCUGGAAGAUGUGUUGUUCGAACAUUUUCUGGUCAUUCACAAAUGAUAUCUUGUGUACAAUUUGAUGAUCAACGAAUAGUUUCUGGAAGCAGUGAUUCAACAAUUCGUGUUUGGGAUCAUAAUGAUAGUCAUCCGCUUGGACAAAUGACUUUUACGGGCCACUCCGCGACUGUAAGGUGUCUCCACCUCCAAGGCAAUAGACUCGCAUCUGGCUCAAACGACUUUUCGAUCAAGAUAUGGAACCUCGAUAAAAAUCCCCAGUGGUCAAGCAUAGCAUGUCGACGGACGAUGCUUGGACAUACAAAUUAUGUCCGUUGCCUGCAAAUGUGCUCUGAUUCAUUGGUUUCGGGUUCUUAUGAUUGUACUCUUCGGCUUUGGUCAUUGGAGACUGGGGACACGAUUCGGAGUUUUAAUGGGCAUAGUGAUUCUGUAUUGUGUCUGCAAUACGAUCCUUUGAACUCUUUUCGCGCAGUUUCCGGGUCGGCAGACAACUCAAUCAAAGUAUGGGAUGCCCGAACAGCUCAGUGCGCAAUGACAAUUCUAAACUCACACGAAGAUGCUGUAACCUGUGUACGCUUUGAUGCUCAUCGUAUCAUUUCCGGAAGUGUGGAUCGAAUGAUCAAGAUGUGGGAUAUUCGGACAGGUCGUUGCUCGAACACAAUAGACUGGCGGUUUCAUGAAGGCCAUACAGGAGUCGUUCGAUGUUUGCAGGUUGACGCGUGGCGUAUUGUGAGCGCCUCAGAUGAUCGAACUGUCAAAGUAUGGAACCUUGAAACAAGCGAACGAAUGUGCACAUUACAAUCACAUACUGAUGGAGUCACUUGUGUGGAUUUUGACGACAAACGAAUCGUUAGUGGAUCCUACGAUAAACAAGUCAAACUUUGGGAUUUUUAUCUUUGC